CCAAUUGAAAGGUUCUGUUCUGACAAAUGGGUUAAAAUAAUCAAAAUAUGCUGGAAAAUGCUUGAGUGCUUCACUGACGAAUUGAACAGAGUCCUUGCAAUUUGUUUAUGAUCCUAUGAUUUUUCACAGUCACAGGACUUUUGAUUGAAGUCAAUAAUCAUCAUGUCUGACCCAGUAGUUCUGCGUAGCAUCAAGAGACUGGGAGAGGAUAAUUAUGCUUUUGACUCGGAUGGCAAAUGUAACAGCUUCAAGAAAUCAGAAAAUUUCUAUGCAUAUGAAGAACCUUUUAUAGAGAAGAAAAGUAAAAAGUCAUCAAAGAAGAAAGAAAACAGUGUUCAUGUUGGCUUCUUUCAGCUGUUUCGAUUUUCAUCAUCUAUGGAGAUUUUAAUGAUGGUUGCUGGUAGUUUGUGUGCUAUUGUUCAUGGAGUAGCCCAACCAGCUGUGUUGCUUGUGUUUGGUGCAAUGGCAGACACAUUUAUUGAAUAUGACAUUGAAAUGCAAGAGCUUAAAGACCCAAACAAGACAUGUGUAAAUAACACCAUAGUGUGGAUUAAUGGUACUAUUCAUCAGAAUGAAAAGAAUGCCACAAUAAGAUGUGGGCUGCUGGACAUUGAAUAUGAAAUGACCAAGUUUGCAGGAUACUAUGCAGGAAUUGGUUGUGCCAUACUUGUGUUAGGAUACCUCCAAAUCUGCUUUUGGGUUAUGUCUGCAGCUCGUCAGAUACAGAAAAUCAGGAAAGCUUAUUUCAGGAAAAUAAUGCGAAUGGAUAUAGGCUGGUUUGACUGUACAUCUGUAGGAGAACUGAACACCCGAAUUUCGGAUGAUGUUAACAAAAUUAAUGAGGCUAUUGCUGAUCAAGUAGCAAUCUUCAUCCAGCGCAUAACCACCUUUGUAGGUGGGUUCCUGCUGGGAUUUGUCAGUGGCUGGAAACUGACCUUGGUUAUCAUUGCAGUCAGCCCUCUGCUUGGGGUUGGAGCAGCUCUCUAUGGCUUGGCUGUGGCAAAACUAACAGGCCGGGAAUUAAAGGCUUAUGCAAAAGCUGGAGCUGUGGCUGAUGAAGUGCUCUCAUCCAUCAGAACAGUGGCUGCUUUUGGUGGGGAGAAGAAAGAAGUUGAAAGAUACGACAAAAACUUGGUAUUUGCUCAGCACUGGGGAAUUCGAAAAGGAAUGAUAAUGGGAUUAUUCAGUGGUUACAUGUGGUUUAUAAUUUUUCUAAGUUAUGCAUUAGCCUUUUGGUAUGGCUCUAAACUUGUCCUUGAGGAAGAAGAAUAUUCACCUGGCACUCUUCUGCAGGUUUUCUUCGGUGUUUUAAUAGGAGCAUUAAAUCUUGGCCAGGCAUCUCCCUGUCUGGAAGCCUUUGCCACUGGUCGUGGGGCUGCAACAAACAUUUUUGAGACAAUAGAUAAAAAACCCACCAUUGACUGCAUGUCAGAAGAUGGCUACAAGCUGGAUAAAGUACGAGGGGAAAUUGAAUUUCAUAACGUAACAUUCAAUUAUCCAUCCAGACCAGACAUAAAGAUUUUGGAUAACCUUAAUAUGGUGAUUAAAGCAGGAGAGACAACAGCUUUUGUUGGAGCUAGUGGAGCUGGGAAAAGUACAGCAAUACAGCUCAUCCAGCGUUUCUAUGACCCCACUGAUGGCAUGAUUACCCUGGAUGGCCAUGACAUUCGUUCCCUGAAUAUCCAGUGGCUGCGCUCACAGAUUGGCAUAGUUGAACAAGAGCCAGUGCUCUUUGCCACCACGAUUGCAGAGAACAUUCGCUACGGGCGGGACGAGGCUACCAUGGAAGACAUAAUCACAGCAGCCAAACAGGCCAAUGCUUACAAUUUCAUCAUGGACUUACCACAGAAAUUUGACACUCAUGUUGGAGAGGGUGGAAGCCAGAUGAGUGGAGGUCAAAAACAGAGGAUAGCUAUUGCUCGAGCUUUGGUGCGAAACCCCAAAAUCCUGCUCCUGGAUAUGGCUACAUCAGCACUGGAUAAUGAAAGUGAAGCAAUUGUCCAAGAAGCACUUCAUAAGGCUCGCCUCGGCCGCACAGCGAUCUCCAUCGCUCACCGCCUGUCAGCCAUCAAAGCCGCCGACGUCAUCGUCGGGUUUGAGCACGGCAGGGCUGUAGAGAGAGGAACUCACGAGGAACUCUUGCAGAGGAAAGGGGUUUAUUUCAUGUUGGUGACCUUACAAAGCAAAGGAGAAGCACCUAAUAGAGAAGAAACACAAACAGCAGAGAAUAAUGUGGUUGAGCCAAAUCUUGAGAAUGUCCAGUCAUUCACCAGGGGAAGCUAUCAGGCCAGUUUGCGAGCUUCACUUCGGCAGCGCUCAAGAUCCCAGCUCUCCAAUGUGAUCCCUGACCCUCCACUGUCUAUUGGAGGAGAUUCUGCAGAGUCUACCUAUCUUACGCCUUCUUAUGGAGAAGAUGAUGGAAAAGCAAAAAAGGAAUCUGUUGUGGAGGAAGAUGCCAAGCCUGUACCAUUUACCAGAAUUUUGAAAUACAAUGCCUCUGAAUGGCCAUACCUGCUGCUUGGAUCUCUGGCAGCAGCUGUGAAUGGAGCUGUCAGUCCACUCUAUGCUUUGUUAUUCAGUCAGAUUCUUGGGACCUUCUCCAUUCUUGAUGAAGGAAAACAAAAAAACCAGAUCAAUGGUGUCUGUGUGCUCUUUGUCUUAGUCGGAGUUCUUUCAUUUUUCACACAGUUUCUCCAGGGAUACACCUUUGCCAAGGCUGGUGAGCUGCUUACAAGACGGUUAAGGAAAAUUGGUUUCCAGGCUAUGCUUGGGCAAGACAUUGGUUGGUUUGAUGACCGGAAGAACAGCCCUGGUGCUUUGACUACCAGGCUUGCAACAGAUGCCUCACAGGUCCAAGGGGCAACUGGAUCGCAGAUAGGAAUGAUUGUCAAUUCCCUUACUAACAUUGGGGUGGCCAUGGUCAUUGCCUUCUAUUUCAGCUGGAAACUGAGUUUGGUAAUAAUGUGUUUCCUGCCAUUUUUGGCUUUAUCUGGAGCUGUGCAGGCUAAAAUGCUGACAGGAUUUGCCUCGCAGGACAAGAAAGCACUGGAAGCUACUGGACGGAUUGCCAGUGAAGCUCUCUCUAACAUCAGAACAGUAGCUGGGAUAGGAAAAGAGAAAAUGUUUAUUGACAAUUUUGAGAAGCACCUGGAUAUGCCCUACAGAGGUGCAAUCAAAAAAGCACACGUGUAUGGACUCUGCUUUGGCUUUGCCCAGAGCAUUGUGUUCAUUGCCAACUCCGUCUCUUACCGAUAUGGGGGAUUUCUUGUUGAGAAUGAAGGACUCCAUUACAGCUUUGUGUUCAGGGUGAUCUCUGCAAUUGUCACCAGUGGAACUGCUUUGGGAAGAGCUUCUUCCUACACCCCAAACUAUGCCAAAGCCAAAACAUCUGCUGCACGCUUUUUUCAACUGAUUGAUCGGCUUCCUAAAAUCAGUGUUUACAGUGAACAAGGGGAAAAAUGGGAUGAUUUCAAGGGAAGCAUUGACUUUCUUAACUGUAAAUUCACAUACCCUUCUCGGCCUGAUAUUCAGGUCCUGAAAGGACUCUCUAUAUCUGUUAAACCUGGACAGACUUUGGCAUUUGUUGGAAGUAGUGGCUGUGGUAAGAGCACCAGUGUCCAACUUCUGGAGCGUUUCUAUGACCCUGAGAAAGGAAGUGUGUUAAUAGAUGGACAUGACUCAAAGAACGUAAACGUGCAGUUUCUUAGAUCAAAAAUCGGAAUAGUGUCACAGGAGCCUGUGCUAUUUGACUGCAGCAUUGCUGAUAAUAUCAAAUAUGGCAGUAACACAAAAGAAGCAACGAUGGAAAAAGUCAUAGAAGCAGCCCAGAAGGCUCAACUGCAUGAUUUUGUCAUGUCUCUGCCUAAUAAAUAUGAAACUAAUGUUGGGGCUCAGGGAUCCCAGCUGUCUCGUGGGCAAAAGCAGCGCAUUGCCAUAGCAAGGGCCAUCAUACGAGACCCUAAAAUUUUAUUACUGGAUGAAGCUACAUCUGCCUUAGACACGGAAAGUGAAAAGACUGUGCAGGCAGCACUGGAUAAAGCCAGGGAAGGGCGCACCUGCAUCGUCAUCGCCCACCGCUUGUCCACCAUCCAGAACGCUGACAUCAUUGCUGUGAUGUCUCAAGGACUCAUCAUUGAAAGGGGCACUCACGAUGAACUGAUGGCCAUGGAAGGAGCCUACUGGAAGCUUGUUACUACUGGAGCUCCAAUUAGCUGAAUUACUGUGAUUCUGAAUUUGAAAGAUUUCUGUAAGCAAAUGCUUUGUGGUAAGGAUGUGUAUGUUGGUGCUCCAUUGUGCUACAGAGUGAGUGCUAUACAAUACAGUGAGAUCUGUGGAACCCUGAAUGUAUGUAGCUGUCUGCAUCAAGCACACUUGGCCAGCACAUGCAAGGCACUAAGCACAGGCUGAUGAAUUUAGGAAGUAUCUUAGCCCAUUGAUAAGGGAAAAAAAGCCUGAAACUGGGUAAGAUCUUUCCUGGUGAUCUGGGGAGUUGCCACUACCUGCAGUCAGACUGAUGCCUCAACUAGCAAACAAGGAAGACUCUGGUAUUCAGGAAACUGCCCUUUCUUUAGGUAAGCUGAAUGAGUGAAAACCCCUCAAAUGAUGCUGUACAUCUGAAGGGAUCAAAAGUUUCCUAACGUUUGGUCUGCAGCUGGUCACAGCAGAGGCAUUUCCUGUGCAUGCAGAAGCCCCACUCUUUCACCCAUUGUACCACACACGUCAGUUGUGCUGGUGGGGGAGGCUGGGCUUCCCCUGCAUGCACCUGCAGCACUGACACAGCUGUGCCCCUUUAACAAACCAGUCAGUACUUACAAAAAGGCAGCUCCACAAAAGUAAGGAAAGCAAGCAAGGUAAGGAACAGAAGCUGGUGAGGAUCAUUUCCUAGCCUACCACUCUCCAGCUAAUACUGAUCAUUCUAAUCAGCUGUCAAUAAGAUUUUUGAAUAGGAAUAAAUGCCUUGGUUAAAUUAAUGUAAAAUUCUACAGUUAAUCAUCAGUUAUUUAAACCUCUUCUACUGAAAUGGUGAUGGAUAUGUUCUUUUUUUCAGAAGGUAACACAGUCAUGAGUGAAGGUGGAAAAAAUAGCCAUAAUUAGUUCUUUGUAUUAAAUACAGUUGAUAAACAGAGCAGCAAUAUAUUCAGAAAUGAGGGAGGUCAGGAAGGAGCUUCUUUGGGAGAACCUUGUAUCUGUCACAGUUUAUUGUAACACCUACCAUAAGUUUCACUGAAAUAUAUUAUUGGUUAUUGUCUGCAGCACAACAGGACUCUUUCCUGUAGUGACUAGGAUCUUGGAGAAAAGCAGAUAGAAGGAAAGUAUAGGUUACAGUUUCAAUAUUUAAAUAUUGAUUUUAAACUGUGUGCAGCAGAGUAUUAACUGGAAAAGUUAUUCUCCAUGUCCUAAAAUCUGCAUCUGGGCUGGGUGGGCAGGUGGGCAGGCAGGUUUCCACUUACUUUAUAAGAAGUCACACCACUUCUUAUAAAAUGCUGCAACAGUAGCAGUAUGUAAAUAGAGCUGUAAAGGUAAAAAGGUUAUUAGGCUACAUCCCUUAAUUCCAGGCAGCAAAACCCAAUUUCAACUUUUAUAUGACUCCAUUAACAGAAUCACUGCCACAUACCCUAUUGAAAUCACACAGCCAGCACUGAAAUGGCUAUUUCUCUAAGGAAGUCUGUAUUUUAAACCUUAACUGAAAAGUAAAAGAAAAAGAUGCAUUAUUUGCUUUAAUCUUUUUAGCCUUUUUACAUUUCAGAGCAAUAAGUAGUUUGAUGGCUCAGGAAACUAUUGACAGAGUGACUAUCAAUAACCUGCCAGACAGAUGUAUAUGAUAUUUAAUUAAUAUUAUUAUUUAAGGACACAGAAAAAGAAUGACUCUUCACUAAAAAUUACCAUGACUAUGUAAACUUAUUUCGUAAUUCUUUUUCCUAAAGGGCAAUACCUUUGUGACCCAAAUUAAACCAAUAAAUUGUAUUUUUUUACUGGCU